AUGACUGACGCAACGGUGGCUGGCGGACCGGGUCUUCUCGAGCGGCUGGCGGCAGGACCGGUCAUUUGUGCCGAGGGCUAUCUGUUCGAGAUCGAGCGCCGCGGCUAUCUCUCCGCCGGCGCCUAUGUGCCGGAAGCGGUUUUGGACCACCCCGAGGUCGUGGCCCAAUUGCACCGCGACUUCCUGCAUGCGGGCUCGGACGUCAUGCUCGCCUUCACCUACUACGCCCAUCGCGAAAAGCUCAGGGCGGCGCAGGAAGGCGACGCAUUGGUCGCCGGCAACGUGUGCAACUCCAACAUCUUCGUGGACGGCGAUGCCGAAUCCGCCCGCACGGUACGCGCCAUGUUCGAUGAGCAGGUGGCCUGGGCCGUCGACGAGGGCGUGGACUUCAUCGUCGCCGAGACCAUCUCCUUCUUGGGCGAGGCCCUGCUCGCGCUCGACGCGAUCAAGGCGGCCGGCCAGCCCGCAGUGAUCAAUCUCGCCGUCCACCGCGACCCGAACACUCGGGACGGAUCGAGCCUGGCCGAGGCGGCAAAACGCCUGGAAGACGCGGGCGCCGACGUGGUCGGGCUCAAUUGCGCGCGCGGCCCGGCCUCCAUGCUGCCGCUCCUGGGCCCCAUCCGCGAGGCGGUGAGCUGCCACGUCGCGGCGCUCCCGGUGGCCUACCGCACGAGUGCCGACGAGCCGACCUUCCAGUCGCUCAGCGAUCCCGGUUGCGGCUGCCUGCCGGAUGGGCGCCCCUUCCCGACCGCGCUCGAUCCCUUCACCGUCAACCGCUACGAGAUCGAGGAGUUCACCAGGGAGGCUCAGGCGCUCGGCGUGAACUAUCUCGGGGUCUGCUGCGGCGCCGGUCCCCACCACAUCCGCGCCGUGGCGGAAGCGCUCGGCCGCCGGCCGACGGCGAGCAAGUACUCGCCCGACAUGACCACGCACGCCUUUUACGGCACGUCCGAGAAGGUGCCGUCCAAAUACAAGGCGUUCUCGAAGCACCUAUAG